AAUAGAUGCACUUAAUGUUCGAGUUGUGAUUCUCAAAGUUAUUUAGAUAAGUGAAACUGAAAUCAGAAAGAGGGAAAGUGAAGAGAGAGAAAUAGAGAGAUGUUGGGGAAGUAUGGAAGCGGAAUAUUGAGUGUACUUAUACUGCUUUCUUUGCAGUUAUUUGUCGGAGGUGAUUACAUACCGCCGGCAAAAUUAGACGGAUUCGUUUACAAUAAUCGCCACUUCAAUUUCGAUACUAUUCAAAUUGAAGCUUUCUACGAUCCUCUCUGCCCUGAUAGCGCAGAUUCAUGGCCCCCUCUCAAAAAAGCUCUCGAUCACUACGCCGCUCGUGUUUCCUUCGUUGUUCAUCUCCUCCCUUUACCUUACCAUGAUAAUGCUUUUGUUGCAUCUCGUGCGUUGCACAUUGUGAACGCUUUGAAUAGAUCUGCUACGUUCCCAUUACUGGAGUCGUUCUUCAAGUAUCAGGCGGCAUUCUUUGGGGCUCCAACACGUAACUUAUCUAGAGCUUCUAUUGUAGAGGACAUAGUGAAGUUUGCAACAUAUGUAGUUGGGAAAUCUUAUGAGACUUCCAUUAGGAAUGGUUUCAAUGAAACAAACUCCGAUAUCCAGACCAGGGUUUCUUUUAAGUAUGCUGCUUCAAGAGGGGUGUCUGGAACACCUUUUUUCUAUGUCAAUGGAUUCCUCUUGCCUGAUACGGGAAAUGCUAUUAACUACAGUACUUGGAGGAAUGUCAUCGACCCAUUGAUUGGUGCGAAGGAAAGUGUAAAAAAUGAUGAAACCCCGCACUACUUGUUGUAAAAAUUGUAGGUUUAUAAAGUUCAGUUGCAUUAGCACUUCAUUAGUGAAAGAAUCUAAACUCUGUAUGUGCUGGUUGAUAGGUGUUCAUACCAAGAAGGCAAUAAUGGAAUUAAAUUGUUAUAAAUAAUUAAAUACAUUCGUGUGUCGUGCGUCCUCUAGUUAAUUACACUUUUAAUUUUUAAUAUAUACUGUAUACCUCAGUUUUAGUUUA